AGCAGCGUCACCCACCUCCCAGCUCCGCAGACAAGAUGCAGCGACUGUGUGCACAUGCGCUGAUCUUGGUGCUGGCUCUGGCCGCCUUCUGCGAAGCUUCUUGGAAGCCCCACUCCCAGCUGCAAGAUGCGCCCGUUGCUCCAGGGGCCAAUAGGGGCCAGGAGCCGCUCAGGAUGGACCGGCUGGGCCCAGCCUCGCACCCCCGGAGGCAGCUGGGGCUUCAGGAUCCGCCACACGUGGUUGCAGACCUGUCCAAGAAGCAGGGGCCAUGGGCGGAGGAAGAGGAAGCAGCUUAUGGAUGGAUGGACUUCGGCCGCCGCAGUGCUGAGGAAGGAGACCAACAUCCCUGA